UUUAUGACAGCAAGCGACCGCGACGACACUGUCACUGCUUCCAAAUGUCUUUUUUGAUGACAUUUUGUACUUUAGUCGUCCGAGUAUUUUGCUUUCCCUUGCACCUGCUGGACGCUGUGGGCUUGUACAAACACUACAAACGUAUCGUUCCGUUGUUAUUGUUUCGGAUCACUAAACUGUACAACAAGAAGAUGUACGAGAGAAAGAAGGAGCUGUUCGCAUGUCUGUCCGAUUUCAAACAGUCCGGACAAAAUCUCACUAUUUUGGAGAUCGGCUGCGGCACUGGCUCCAAUUUCCAUUUUUAUCCGAGCGGUUGCAAGGUGAUCUGCACGGACAACAACGUGCACUUUGAGAAGUACCUGCGCAGGAACAUGCGCGAGAACCCGCACGUCGCGUAUGAGAAGUUCAUGGAGACCUCGGCGGAGGACAUGAGGUCAUUUGAGGACUCGUGCGUAGACGUGGUGGUGUGCACGCUGGUGCUUUGCUCCGUGGACAAUGUCCCAAAAACUCUGAAGGAGGUGCAACGCGUUCUGAGGCCUGGCGGAGCGUUCUUUUUUCUCGAGCACGUUGCCGCAGAGCCGUCAUCAUGGACAUAUUUCUUCCAGAGCAUCUUGAAGCCGUUGUGCUACUACAUCGGUGAUGGAUGCGAGGUCACCCGGGCAACAUGGACACAUCUGGAGGCUGCUGGCUUCUCUGACCUCAAACUAAGACAUAUAAAAGCGCCACUCAUCUUCUUCAACAAACCACACAUCAUGGGCUAUGGUGUAAAAUAGAUUUGUGGCCCACUCACCUGACACCGGAGGCCAUCGCUUGUCACAGUUCUGAUCGCUAGGCACUUUGAUGCUCAUUAUUUUUUUAGUCAGGAGACUAAGGAUAUUUUAUUUAAAAAACAAAACCAAAAAAAACACCUCGAUGCACAUUUUAGACAAUUGAAACGGGCAGGUUUGUAACCAAAAAGCAUUGACAACACACAUUGAAAUGAAGAGAACUGAGAUCCAGUCAGACUCAAAUGUAUAGGUUGAAUGUGUUGGGGAGUCUAAAUACAGAAUGUAGCUGAGGCUUUCUAGAUAUGGUUUGAAGUGUGUGGUGGCUACCACUACCAUCACAAUUUAGUGUUUCAAGAUUUAGUUCAUUAUGCGAUAUUUUUUUGGACAUGUAUUUUCUAAUGUGUGCACGUUUUAGUUAAUAUUUGUCUAAUUGCUUACCGGUACUAGAUUUUAUUUGCCAAUUUGAGGUAACGACCACAGCUGUGUAAGAUCUGGCACCUACCAUUCUGAAGGGGGGAUAUUUAAGUUGGUUUAAUUGUGAUUGUUUGGAGUAAAGUUUUCACUGUUUGUUUAAAUGUAUAUUACAUAAUCAUUGUUUGAAAAUAUGUAUAUUUUCUAUCUAUUGUCGUUUUAUUACGUUGACAAUGUUUGGUGAAUUUAUCUUACCUCCUUCAGGAUGUCGUUAGUAGAGUCCGCCCUGAUUUAAACGGCCACAGAGACGUGUCUGGAGGUUAGUUGGGUUGAAGCCUUUUGUUAUGUUGGCCUCUUUUAUGUUUGGCCCAAAGUAUUUUGUUAAACUGUUUCUUUUGUGACUUUUAUUAAAUUGGAUUUUCAACUAAGUUGAAACACCAGUGUACUCGUGUAUGUUGGUCCACUACAAAGUGUGAAAACUGUCAUUUUAACAGAUAGUUUUUGAUUAGGUGAUCAGUGUACUUGUCCGCCAUAUUGGUGGUUGCAAUCAGAUUUUGUGUGCAAAUCUCAUUUCUUUAUUUGGAUCUUCAAGUUUCUCUCGUCUUGUUUUACAUAUUAGGGCUUCCAACUGGAAAUGGAGGAGAAGUGGGCAAAUGAAAAGAGAAUUAGGAAAAGUUUGGAGAUGUCAGAUUUUAUGAUGAUGGAAAUUAAUAAUUGUCAAGUCAUUGACAUUAUAAUGUACAGUGGUACCGCUACUUAAGAACGUCUCUACAUACAGAAUUUUCAGGUUAAGACACACCUCAAUGGGAAAACAUUGGUAAGAAAGGCAAAAAUAGAGUAUGGCUGGUACUCGCAGCUUCCAGAGUUUACUGAAUGUAACAGCUACUCUGCCAUUGGCUAUUGCCUAGCAUUCAUGGCAUCCAGUUGGCUAAGAGGGACCUCUGCUGUAUUUGUAUAUGUGUGUCCUCUCAAUUCGCCCCUGGUGUUCCGACUGCUUUACAUAAGUGUAAACUCUAUAUCAGUGUUUUUUUCGUCAACGAUGACUAACGAAAAUAUUUUGUCGAAGAAACAAUUGUUUUCAUGACGAGACUAUAACGAGCUAAAAACGUGUCUUGGCAGACUAAAACAUAACACAAAUGCCAGUUUUCGUCUGACGGGACGAGAACGAGACGAAAAUGCGCCAUUGUUUCUGUCACAUGUCCACAAUGUGACAUUUGAUGUGUUAGCAGUGCACUGUAACUAGUAGCGUUAGCAUAGCAUUCUCGUUAGCAUUAGGCUAUUGUUAAUGGCGAGCGUCCUCUUAAACUCUCGGACAACUUUUUUUUAAUUUAUAGUUCGUGGCGUCCAGGUGGGUAAUAAUGUACUGUUUUAAUGCUGAGGGUGCAUUGUCACGUGAGAUUUGUAAAUGCUUGUAUAUGCUACAAUAUGUGCUUGUCAAUUUUCAAAUGUUUUAAAUUUUUGGACAAACAAAAGUAUU